UGGGAGGGAGAACACUGGCAGCUCACUCUUAAUAUUCAGACAUCCCUGCCUAGUACUGAGAUACAAUAGCAAGUCUCAGCUCUGGUUUAUAUGUGUGCUUCCUCACAUACGGCUUGAGGCGCAUACAAACCCAGCAUGGAAAACAAGCGGCAGCCAGAGCUCUUGGAUACUCAGCCAUUACAGGAGACAGAUGAGGAACUCGUAGCUGACAUUGACUAUACAGAAAUAAUAUCUGAGGAAGAGAAAGAAGAGCUAAAGAAUGAACUAGUCAAGCUGGAAGAUGAAAUUGUAACUCUACGUCAGGUUUUAGCGGCCAAAGAGAAGCACCUGGCAGAGAUAAAGCAUAAGCUGGGAGUCAGCAUGAUGAAUGAGCUGAAGCAGAACUUCAGUCGCAGCUGGCAUGAUGUGCAGACCCAUUCCGCGUACAAGAAGACACAAGAAACCUUAAGUCAAGCUGGGAGCAAAGCUUCUGCUGCAAUAACAAAUGUGGGAAGUGCCAUUGGCAAGAAAUUGGGAGAUAUGAGAUCGCACUCUAUUAGCUACUCAAUUCGUCACUCUAUAAGUAUGCCAGCAAUGAGGAAUUCUCCUACAUUCAAGUCCUUUGAAGAGCGUGUUGAGAAUACAGUGUCAACACUGAAGGCAAAAGUAGGAGGUACAAAUCAAACCCAAGGAAGCUUUGAAGAGGUGCUGAGUUCUACUGCCAAUGCCAGUGCCCAGAGCUCUCUAGCUGGAAACCUUCUGCCUGAAGCUGAGGAGGAGAUACAGUGAUGGAACCUACCGAAAAGAAAGAGCUGCUCAGUCAUAACACAUCGCCUCAUGCAGAGUAACAUGUCAUGAAACUGUUUAUGUCAGACAGCAAGUGUUUUCGUUUUAUUACAAUUAAGGUAUAAUGGUGUUUGCUUUGUUAUGAACCAAAUUAACAUGUCAAACCUUGGAGCUGCUAUUUAAGUUUGAAACUUGUAAAAUAACUAUCAGUGAUCACUCCCUUCCAGAUGUCCCCCAGUAUUGGAUAUUUGUCAUGCGCAAUGGUUUUUGAUCUGAAACCAUUGAAACAGAGUACAGUAUUACAUUAUAGGAACCUGAGUAAAUACAUAUGUUUUUGAGUCAUUAAAAGCAUUGUUAGGGUUAUUCAAAGCCCAUAGCACCCAUGUUCACACGUAACUGCCUUAUUAGUAUUGCAGUCCACCAUAUGGUUAGUAUUAGGGGUCUGCUUCCAAUACGGCUGCACAGGGUACAUUACUCAGCCCUAGUAAAGAAGGUAGCAGAAAUGCUCUCCUGAGCUCGUUUUCAUGUACUGUACUGUACUACCCUCCACUCAAGCUGAUAAACAAGCUUCUGUGACCGCUGUGAUUGCAACUCUGUGAAGAGAAGAAGUAAUUGCUUCCUCCUCCAUGUUGUCCACAUUGUCUUGUUGGGAGCCAUCAUAGGCAUUGGAUUAUAGUUGUUCAGAGCUGGGGAACAUGGUUUCGAUUCUGAACUUCAAAGAUGGGUUAUUUCUGAGCAGAACUCUGCGCUAAAUGUGAAAGGAGGUGGGGAAGAGGUUAUGAGUUUUGGACACUCAACCUUAUAUAGAGAACAGGUUUCCAUCAAUCCCAUAUUUAUAUAUCUCUGUCUCAUACCUACCUCAAUCUAUGAACAUGUAUCUAUCUUAUUUAUUUCACAUCUAUUUUAUAUCUACCCAUCUAUCUCUUAUCUAUUUCAUAUCUGUUUAGAUCAUCUAUUUAAUUUCUCUCUCUCAUAACUAGGUUAUCUCAUAUUUAUCUAUCAACCCCAUAUCCUAUAUAUGGAUCUAUCAGUCUUAUACCCAUUCAUAUCAUCAUAUAUAUUAUAUAUAUGCAUUUUCCAAUCUCUAGCCAUAAUCUACUGAUCUCAUUUACUGUAUGUUUCACAUUCCUUCGUAUCCCAUACUUAUUUACCUCUGUUUCUAUCCGAUACUGAUCUCAAGUCUAUCACACAUAUUAAGCUAGUUAUUGAGCGCAUACUUAUUUUUCUAUUAAAUUUAUAUCUAUCUAUCUAUCUGGCUUUCUCAUAUCUAAUACUUCUCUAGCUCAUAUGUACCUAAUACUUAUCUAUCAACAGUCAUAAGGAAAAGAAAAUUCAUCCUCUUUGUAUUCUAUGGUUUUAUGUACUCUGACAUGUCACUAUUGGUUUAACAAAAACUAGGCCAAGAUGCAGUGUGUAAAAAAUUAAGCACACCCUGUUUCCAUAGGAUCUAAGAGGUUAAUCUAUUUUUGUUAAAACAUGACACAGUGGACUCUAAGGUUGUAUUUGCCUGGAUUAAAAGACCAUCUAAGGACCAGAUUUUUUUUUUUUUUUUUUUUAAAUCAUGUCCUGAUAUGUAAGACCAUCUAAAAUCUCAAGAGGUUUUAUUUUCUUUGCCUCAUGACUAUCUCAUCCAGUAUCUGUCUAUGAUCAAUCUAACUUCCCAAAUCUAA